AUGGGGCUGAGGGCAGAGGAAGGAAAAAGAAAACCUCCGAGGUCAGUGCGGAGCGAGGUGAGCCCCUCCCAGGGCCCUCUGGCCCAGGAGGAUGAAGCGCGCCGGCUUCGCUCUGGCACGCAGGCUUGCAGUCCGGGUAAGCGCGGGAAAGGCGGCCUCAGGGCGCGGCGGCAGCGCAGUGCAUGGGAUCUCAGGACCCAUCCGUUAACCCACCGUUCCUGGGAGCUCCGAGGCGCAGCGGCGACAGAGGGCUUUCUCUACGUGCUGUUGUCUCACUGGAUUUUUGCCGGAGCCCCACGCCCUCCCGCCUCUGAUUCCUGGAAGAAAGGGGUGGUCCCCUAACCCCCAGAAUCCCGGAAAAUGGGGAGCAAGGCUCUGCCAGCACCCAUCCCGCUCCAUCCGUCGCUGCAGCUCACCAAUUACUCCUUCCUGCAGGCCGUGAACACCUUCCCGGCCACGGUGGACCACCUGCAGGGCCUGUACGGUCUCAGCGCAGUACAGACCAUGCACAUGAACCACUGGACGCUGGGGUAUCCCAGUGUGCACGAGAUCACCCGCUCCACCAUCACGGAGAUGGCGGCGGCGCAGGGCCUCGUGGACGCGCGCUUCCCCUUCCCGGCCCUGCCUUUUACCACCCACCUAUUCCACCCCAAGCAGGGGGCCAUUGCCCACGUCCUCCCAGCCCUGCACAAGGACCGGCCCCGUUUUGACUUUGCCAAUUUGGCGGUGGCUGCCACGCAAGAGGAUCCGCCUAAGAUGGGAGACCUGACCAAACUGAGCCCAGGGCUGGGUAGCCCCAUCUCGGGCCUCAGUAAAUUGACUCCGGACAGAAAGCCCUCUCGAGGAAGGUUGCCGUCCAAAACGAAAAAAGAGUUUAUCUGCAAGUUUUGCGGCAGACACUUUACCAAAUCCUACAAUUUGCUCAUCCAUGAGAGGACCCACACGGACGAGAGGCCGUACACGUGUGACAUCUGCCACAAGGCCUUCCGGAGGCAAGAUCACCUGCGGGAUCACAGAUAUAUCCAUUCCAAAGAAAAACCCUUCAAAUGUCAGGAGUGUGGGAAAGGAUUUUGUCAGUCUAGAACUCUGGCAGUUCACAAAACUUUACACAUGCAGGAAUCUCCACACAAAUGUCCCACAUGUGGAAGAACCUUUAAUCAGAGAAGUAAUCUGAAAACUCACCUUCUCACCCAUACAGACAUCAAGCCCUACAGCUGCGAGCAGUGCGGCAAAGUGUUCAGGCGAAACUGUGAUCUGCGGCGGCACAGCCUGACUCACACCCCGCGGCAGGACUUCUAGAGAGGCCCAGGAUCUGUCCCCUGCCGCCGCUGCUUCCCUCCCCAGACACCUCUCCACGUCUCCUACCCGGGGGGUCGCAUCCCUAGCCCUUCACUGACCCCAGCUCUUCCCUUGCUGCAGCCGCACUGCAGCUCCAGGGAGUUAACUCUUCUUCUGGGGGACUGAGAACUGUAGAAAGCCACACACUACAUCCCUUCACAAAGAGUAUAUGCUAGUUUCUUGUAGAUAUUCACAGCUCAUUUUAGAGCUCUGUACAUAAUAUUGUGGGUCUUUGUUUUGUUGUUUUGUUUGUUUUUGGAUCUUGUUGGAUGCACCUAGAUAUGGAAAAUGGAAGCCAAAUUUUAUCUUUAAAGACUGUAUUUUCAAAAUAAAACUUUUUCUUGUUUGUUUCAA